GCCGCUGUCGCCGCCCGGUGACGCCAGCCGCCGCGCUUUGCCUCCGAGAAGGGUCUCCUGCCGCCGGCGCCGCCCUGCCCCUGCUGCGCCGCGCCGAGACUGUGGAAUCAAUCCUGUCUCCUUUCUUGCAGACAGCGGCAGGAGCCAUAGGCUGAGAUUAUGAGUUUGUUUAAUCUGGACCGCUUUCGCUUUGAGAAGAAAGCUAAAAAAGUGGAACAGGAAAAUCCACCUCCUCCUCUUCCUAUAGCUGAGAUACCAGCUGCUCCUUCUGCUGCUGCUGCAGACAGUGCUGCUGGUGGUGAUGAUGAGGUUACAGAUGACAGCAGCAGGCCAGAUACUCCAACAUCAGAUGUGACUGAGAAAACUGAAGACUCCAGUGUCCCAGAAACCCCAGAAGCAGAGAGGACAAAGAAUUUAUCAUCUUUCAAGAAUCGAAGAGGGAUACAAUUCAUUGAUGUGUCUUCAGAUAGUGAGGAUCAAGGACCACCAAACUGUUCCAGUACAAAACAAGACAGUGUUUCCAUGAGUGAGGUGAUUGUAAUCUCUGAACAGUCUGAUGAUGAAGAGGCUGAAGAUGUGCCACCUAUAUUUACGUAUACAAAUGUUGCAGACCAAUUGCCAGACAUGGACGAGGAGGAAGACAUCAGAGAUGCGAAACUCCAAACACUGAAGGAACUCUUUCCACAAAGAAGUGACCAAGAAUUAUUACAAUUGAUAGAAUCAACAAGCACAAUGGAUGAAGCAAUAGCUGCUGGUCUGAAGUUUAAUGAUGAAGCUGCAUCCCGAAAAAGGAAACUAAGCCAAUCACCCACAAACAAUUCUGAAGACAAUGGUGACCAAAUUUCAAAAAAGCAAAAAAAAACUCUGCGCAUGGGAACAUCACAAAGAGUUUGCAAGCAUCAAGGCAAUGGAAAGGAGACAGAUGUUGGUGAAGCCCUGGGGCUGUGGUUUCAGUGUAAGCUUGGCCAAGGUGUUCGACUCUCUGGGCUGAUGCUGAAACAGAAAGCGAAUCAGCUGGCAGCAGAACAGGGGAAGGAAUUCAGCCCUGUGGAUCGCUAUGCUGAAAGAAGCCUUGGUACGCUGAAAGAAGGGCUUACAGGAAGGCGAAAAGCUACGGACCUCAUCACAGUGCUGUGUUGUGCAAACCUGGAUGGGACAGAGAAACGGUCUCUUACGCUAGAAGGGGAAGAAUCUCAAAAAGAAUGGGAAAAGCAAGAAACUCUUGUAAAGAAACUGCAAAAUAAAUUUCCCAGUUUGGAUAAGAGAAUUCAACUUUUUUCUUUAAACUGGAGUAGGCGUAUCUGUAUAGGUCAUUAUGAACUGAAAGAUGUACUUCAAGAACAUAACUGGGUGUUUAAUGAAGCACUGGAGUCUUUAAAAGUAUUUGCAGAAGACCAACAGGAUGUGCAAUAUCCUUCCAAAAGUGAAGUUUCUAGUUGGAACGAAGUCUCUGCAAAUAGCAAAAAGCACUAUAAUAAUGACACUAAACUGAAGGUGAAACAGAAAUCUUCUGCAAAAGCUCAGAAUGGCUUUAGGAAAAAAGAUAAAGGCAAAAAAGGUGUUUGGAGGACUAAAAGAGAAGCAGAAGAUUCAGAAUACGAGUCAGCUUCAGAAGGUGGUAGCUCCCUUGAUGAGAACUACAGCAGUGGUGAUGAAGUGAUGGAGGAUGGUUACAAAACUAAAAUAGUUAGCUUCCUGCAAGAUGCUUCACUAGGUGAACUCACUUUGAUUCCUCAGUGUUCUCAGAAAAAGGCUCAGAAGAUAACGGAGCACCGGCCCUUUAAUAGUUGGGAAGCUCUGUUUACAAAAAUGAGUAAAACAAAUGGAUUAUCAGAAGAUAUUAUAUGGAACUGCAAAAUAUUGCUUAAAGAGAGAGACGUGGUUCUAAAACUCAUGAACAAAUGUGAAGACAUUUCAAAUAAAUUGACAAAACAAGUUACCAGGAUCACUGAAGAUGGAGGAUGUGGAUGGAAUAUAGAGCAGCCUUCCAUUCUGAAUCAAAGUAUGGAGCUCAAGCCCUAUCAGAAGAUAGGUCUGAACUGGCUAGCGCUACUACAUAAACAUGGGUUAAAUGGUAUUUUAGCUGAUGAAAUGGGUUUAGGAAAAACAAUACAAGCUAUUGCAUUCCUAGCAUAUCUCUAUCAAGAGGGUGAUAAAGGUCCUCAUUUGAUUGUUGUGCCAGCUUCAACUUUAGAUAACUGGAUAAGAGAGGUUAAUCUGUGGUGUCCUGCUCUUGAUGUCCUUUUUUAUUAUGGAUCCCAAGAGGAUCGUAAGCAACUCAGAAUUGACGUUAAUAAUAAAGUUGUAAAUUUCAAUGUGAUUGUGACCACAUAUAAUUCUGCAAUUAGCAGUGCAGAUGACCGUAGCCUGUUUCGCCGGCUCAAGCUUAACUAUGCAAUCUUUGACGAAGGUCACAUGUUGAAGAACAUGGGUUCUGUACGCUACCAGCACCUAAUGACAAUUAACGCAAAGAAUCGUCUGCUGCUAACAGGCACUCCAGUUCAAAAUAACCUGUUGGAGUUAAUGUCUCUAUUGAAUUUUGUCAUGCCACAUAUGUUCAGUGGUAGCACCAGUGAAAUCCGGAGGAUGUUCUCUUCAAAAACAAAAGCUGCUGAAGAACACAGUAUAUAUGAAAAGGAGAGGAUCGCUCAUGCGAAGCAGAUUAUAAAGCCAUUUAUCUUGAGAAGAGUAAAGGAUGAGGUCCUUAAACAACUACCCCCCAAAAAAGAUCUUAUUGAGUUGUGUGAUAUGUCAGAGAAACAGGAACAGCUGUACUAUGACCUCUUCAACAAACUAAAGAAAUCUAUUGACAGCCAGGAAAAAAACUCAGAAAUGGGUAAUGUCAUGAUGCAGCUGAGAAAAAUGGCAAAUCAUCCUCUCUUACACCGCCAGUAUUACACAGCUGACAAACUGAAGAUGAUGUCAAUGCUUAUGCUCAAGGAACCCACGCAUUGUGAUGCCAAUCCUGACCUCAUCUUUGAAGAUAUGUCUGUGAUGACAGAUUUUGAGCUGCAUUUGCUUUGUAAACAGUAUGCUAGUGUCAGUGACUUUAAGUUAGAGAUGGAUACAGUUUUGGAUUCUGGAAAAUUUAGAACACUUGAUCGCAUCCUCUCUGACCUUAAAGAAAAGGGUGAUAGAGUUGUAUUGUUUAGCCAGUUUACUAUGAUGCUGGACAUUUUAGAAGUUCUCCUAAAACAGCAACAGCACCGAUAUAUUAGGCUGGAUGGAAAGACACAGAUUUCUGAAAGGAUACAUCUGAUAGAUGAAUUCAAUACAGAUAUGGGUAUUUUUGUAUUCUUGCUUUCGACCAAAGCUGGUGGCCUAGGAAUAAAUUUGACUUCAGCAAAUGUUGUCAUUCUUCAUGACAUUGACUGCAACCCUUAUAAUGACAAGCAAGCAGAAGAUCGAUGCCAUAGAGUAGGUCAGACCAGAGAAGUACAAGUCAUAAAGCUAAUCAGUAAAGGGACUAUUGAGGAGUCUAUGCUCAAAAUCAAUCAGCAGAAGUUGAAGCUAGAGCAAGAUAUGACUGCAGUAGAUUUAGGAGAAGAAGGGACCAUUCCAGCAGAUAUAGCCACAUUAUUAAAAGCUUCAUUAGGUCUGUAAAAUGUAAAUAAAAUAGUUGUGGAUUUUAUUGGUGAGGAAAAAGGCAAUGUGGUACACCCAUGGACUUUUACAUUACUGGUGACCAUAAGUUUUAUGAACAUUUAUAACUUUUUGUAGUUCCUUUACUGUAUUUCUCAUGAUACUGAAGAUUUUUAACACUGAUAGAAUUCCAGAUGCUUGAAAACAAAAUGUGUAAAUGCCACACACAUAUGUAGUGCAUAAAAUGUUGAAUAAUCCAUAUUUUACAAAGCAGUUUUAAAAAUGGGGACCUAGUUAGUGAUGACUUUACCAGAUCUGCUAAUGCUUAAGAUUUGUCAGUAUUUUUGUAAUUAUUUCUACCUCCCAAGUAUAUAUAAGAACUGUCUGUUUCACUGGAUAAUGUGUGUAGAUUUUUUUUUACAUGUGCCUUAUUUGACAAUGCUCAUGUCUGUUUAUGCUUGUUUUUGUUCAUUUGAAGUACCGUACUGUUUUUGUAUCAACUUGUUCAAAUAAAAUUGUUUAGAUGA